CAGGCUGAGUGUUAGAGAGAGGCUCCAGAUGGAGUUGGCGCGCGACAGGAGUAGUAGAGCCGUGGCUCGUGCGACAGACUGGAGAGGCUGCCUCUCACUGCCUUGAUGAAAUCCACCUGGUCCCGCACACAGCGCAGCAGCCCGUCAUGGGGGACGGUGGCGCGUCCUCGCCGCUGAACCUCCAAAAUGGCACGGGGAGCGAGGCGUCUGACGCACCGGGCUCCGAUGCGGCCGCGUCCGAGCAGUGGAUGGCGGGGAUGAGCCUGGUGAUGGGUUUGAUCGUCCUAUCCAUUGUGUUCGGGAAUAUCCUGGUCAUAGUGGCCAUAGCCAAGACGCAGAGGCUGCAGACGCUCACCAACGUGUUCAUCGUGUCGCUGGCGAGCGCGGACCUCAUCAUGGGGCUGCUGGUGGUGCCGUUUGGCGCCGCGCUGGAGGUGCGCGGCUCCUGGAUGUACGGAUCCUUCUUCUGCGAGUUCUGGAUCUCCGUGGAUGUCCUCUGCGUCACCGCGAGCAUCGAGACCCUGUGCGUUAUUGCCAUAGACAGAUACGUGGCCAUCACCUCGCCUUUCCGCUACCAAAGCUUGUUAACCAAAGCCCGGGCCAAAGCGGUGGUGUGCGUGGUCUGGGCCAUCUCUGCGCUGGUCUCCUUUCUGCCCAUCCUGAUGCACUGGUCCCGGGACAGUGUGGACACAGCCUGCUACGAGGACCCUGAAUGUUGCGACUUUGUCACCAACAGGGCAUAUGCCAUCUCCUCAUCCAUCAUAUCUUUUUACAUUCCUCUAGUGGUCAUGAUAUUUGUUUACGCCCGCGUCUACAGAGAAGCGAAAAAGCAGCUGAGGAAGAUCGACAAGUGCGAAGGCAGGUUCCACAACACCUUAACCGGACUGACCUCUAAGUGCAAGAAGAGGCCGUCUAAAAUCCUGGCGCUCAGGGAGCAGAAGGCGCUAAAGACGCUCGGCAUCAUCAUGGGGACGUUCACCCUGUGCUGGCUGCCUUUCUUUAUUGUCAACGUCGUGCGGGUGUUUUGCGCAGAGGUGGUGGACAAGGACCUUUUCGUGUUCCUAAACUGGCUGGGGUACGUCAACUCGGCGUUUAACCCCAUCAUUUACUGCAGGAGUCCGGACUUCAGGAAGGCUUUUAAGAGGCUGCUGUGCUGCCCGAGGCAAGCCGACCGCAGGCUGCACAUCAGCUCUUGCGACCUUUCCCGGUGCUCCGGCGGGUUCGUCGCCGCUCUGGAGCCCGGUACCCUGGGGAUGUGGACUGACUGCGCCGGCUUGGACAACAGUGACAGCAGCUUAGUUGGGACCGCAAAGCUUUCUCACCCCGAAUCACAGCUGUGAAGGAAAAACAAAACUUUUACUGAGGUGGAUUAUAACAGCCUGGAGUCUGGGGAAAGAUGGUAACAAGGAAAGGCGUUGACUCUUUGAGAAACACACGGGCGUCUUUUUUGAAAAGGUAUGCGCAAAAGCCGUACCUUAGAGCCUAAGUGGGUCCAUUUUUUUGCAUCGGAGAAAGCAAAUAGGCGCAAUCACCAGACAUGUAUCUGGAAUCCAUAUUUUAAAAAAGAAACGAGGAGCAAUGUUCUUUCCAAGAUGCGCAAGUCUCCCCAAGACAGUUUAGUGUCUGAGAGAUGAUCCAAUUUGCUAACUUAUAUCGAUCCUUAAAAUUCAGUUAGGUAAAGCUUUAGUGAUAAACCAUAAUGGGUGCAUGCACUUUGCCAUAAAACAGGAUUCAGUGAAUUGACGCACCUUGUCAAAGAGCGCACGCACUGUGCGCUGUGCUCCUGUGGUUCAUCCCUUAUGUUUAUGUUUAUUUCUUAUUAUAUUUGAUCUGCAAAGCAGCUCAGUUCAGUGCUUUACUGAGGACGAUCGUAUAUCAAGGGGAUGUGGGUAUCUUAUAAAUUAAGCCCGGGUUUGUGAUGGGUGACAGUUUAUUUUUCUUAACAUGACCGCUCAGGCGCACUGUCACAACCUGGUUGUUAUUUAAAAGCAUCGGAUAGGAGCGAGGCAUUUGUCGGACCUGCAGUCAUGUGUAGAGCUCACAAUGUGUUUUUACCUCACAGCCAUCGCCAAGUGCAAUUCGUACGACAGGUAUUUGUUUAUAUUAAACAUUGAUGUAAAAUAGACGUGUAUUUAUUCCGCGCUGUCUUUUACAACUAAGCAAGUAAACGUGGGUCUGAUUCAAGCCCUUUGUACAUAUUGUAGUAUGUGGUGUUUAGUACUACUGAAGCGAGGAAUUUGAGCCUCUCUCUUUGUCUUUCUCAUUUAAGCUUUACAUGCUGUUGUGAGGU